GCUGGGUCUCCCCGGAAGUUCCGAAUCACCAGUACUGGAGGGUGCAGCAAGUGCUUCCUGGAUCGCCACGGAGGUCACGAGUAAUGUGACAGCGACUUGACAGGCAGCUUCAGAGAAGCGACUGAACUGCGGGAACACCGGGGCAGGUGGAGCGCGCGUUGCGUCUGCAGAGGUCGCCCCUUCUCUCAGCUCCGGGACAGGGAGUGGAGACUGAUUCUGCGAGAGAAAGGGGUUCAUCAUGGCGGAUGAUCUAAAGCGAUUCCUAUACAAAAAGUUGCCAAGCGUUGAAGGGCUCCAUGCAAUCGUUGUGUCAGAUAGAGAUGGGGUGCCUGUUAUUAAAGUGGCUAACGACAGUGCUCCAGAACAUGCCCUGAGGCCUGGCUUCUUGUCCACUUUCGCCCUCGCAACAGACCAAGGCAGCAAGCUCGGACUUUCAAAAAAUAAAAGCAUCAUCUGCUACUAUAAUACCUACCAGGUGGUUCAAUUCAAUCGUUUGCCUCUGGUGGUGAGUUUUAUAGCCAGCAGCAAUGCCAACACAGGUACGUUAGAAGGGCCACAGAUGCAGACUGUAAUUCUUUAUAGCACUGUGCCUGUGCAGUGUGACAGAUUAGGACUGACAGAGGGAGAGACCUGCAUCUGUGCCUCAGCACAGUUCCCACAUCUGCCUCCUUCCGGGGCCUUGUCCCUCUCCAGGGUUGUUUUCAGGUACACUCGAGGGGAGGCAGGACGGGGGAGUUUUUGCCGCAGGAACUCGUCGACUCAGUGUUGCGUUUCCUGUGUUGUUUGUGACUCACACUGAAACAGCCUGCAAAAAGGAAGGGCUACAGAACAUAAGCUGAACAGAACACAUGUGGAGUGCUGUAAGAAUAACUUAAUUCGAGUCCACAAAUGGGACCUCAUAAAACUGCAAAGCUUCUGUAAGGCAAAGGACACUGUCAUUGGGACAAAACGGCAACCAACAGAUUGGGAAAAGAUCUUUACCAAUCCUACAUCUGAUAGAGGGCUAAUAUCCAAUAUAUAUAAAGAACUCAAGACGUUAGACUUCAGAGAAUCAAAUAACCCUAUUAAAAAUGGGGUACAGAGCUAAACAAAGAAUUCACAGCUGAGGAAUGCCGAAUGGCUGAGAAACACCUAAAGAAAUGUUCAACAUCUUUAGUCAUAAGGGAAAUGCAAAUCAAAACAACCCUGAGAUUUCACCUCACACCAGUGAGAAUGGCUAAGAUCAAAAACUCAGGUGACAGCAGAUUCUGGCGAGGAUGUGGAGAAAGAGGAACACUCCUCCAUUGUUGGUGGGAUUGCAAACUGGUACAACCACUCCAGAAAUCAGUUUGGAGGUUCCUCAGAAAAUUGGACAUUGCACUACCUGAGGACCCAGCUUUACCUCUCCUGGGCAUAUACCCAAAAGAUGCUCCAACAUACAACAAAGACACAUGCUCCACUAUGUUCAUAGCAGCCUUAUUUAUAAUAGCCAGAAACUGGAAAGAACCCAGAUGACCUUCAACAGAGGAAUGGAUACAGAAAAUGUGGUAUAUCUACACAAUGGAAUAUUACUCAGCUAUCAAAAACAAUGACUUCAUGAAAUUCAUAGGCAAAUGGAUGGAACUAGAAAAUAUCCUGAGUGAGGUAACCCAGUCACAAAAGAACACACAUGGUAUGCAUUCACUGAUAAGUGGAUAUUAGCCUAAAAGCUUAAAAUACCUAAGAAAAAAUUCACAGAUCACAUGCAGCUCAAGAAGAAGGAAGACCAAAAUGUGGAUGCAUCAUUCCUUCUUAGAAGGGAAAACAAAAUACUCACAGGAGGAAAUACAUGGACAAAAAGUGGAGAAGGGACUAAAGAAAAAGUCAUUCAGAGACUGCCCCACCUGGGGAUCCAUCCCAUAAGCAACCACCAAACCCAGUCACUAUUGCUGAUGCCAAGAAGUGCUUGCUGACAGGAGCCUGAUAUGGAUGUCUCCUGAGAGGCUUUGCUAGAGCCCUACUGAUACAUAUUAAGAUGCUUGCAGCUGACCAUCGGACUGAGCAUAGGGACCCCAAUGGAGGAGUUAGAGAAAGGACUGAAGGAGCUGAAGAGGUUUGCAACCCCAUAAGAAGAACAACAAUAUCAACCAACCAGAACCCACCAGAGCUCCCAAGGACUAAACCACCAAGCACUAAACCACUGACCAAAGAGUACACAUGGGAGGGCCCAUGCCUCCAGCCACAUAUGUAGCAGAGGAUGGCAUUGUCCAGUAUCAGUAGGAGGAAAAGCCUUUGGUCCUGUGAAGGCUUGUUCCCCCAGAGUAGGGGAAUGCCAAGGCAUUGAGGUGGGAGUGGGAGCAUCCUCAUAGAAGCAGGGGGAAGGGGUAUGGGAGAGGGAGGAAAGGGGAUAUCAUUUGAAAUGUAAAUACAUAAAAUAUCCAAGAAAAGUAAAAUUAGAAAGAAAUAAGUGACUUAAUUCUCUAGACCUGUCAAUUGAAUUCCAGUUUUGAGAUUUUGGACACUUGGAGAUAAGUUGGAUGUGAUUAAGAACUCACAGAUACUUUCUUAGUUUCUUUUCUGUCACUGUGGUGAAAUACUCUUGACAAAAGCCACAUGAGGAGAAAGGGUUUAUUUUAGCUCAGAGCUCAUAAGUGAAAUUUUCUAACAUUCUAAUUUUCAACUCUCUUUUAGGACUAAUUGUCAGCCUAGAAAAGGAGCUCGCUCCCUUAUUUGAAGAACUGAUAAAAGUUGUGGAAGUGUCUUAAUCCAGCAGUGGUUCUGGUGCGUGCCUCGGCCUCCCUGCAGCAACCCUGGACCAGGCCAGCAACCUUCAGACCACACUCGUACUUGUAUCCAUGUAUUCAAAGGGCCGCCUUUCCACCGUACACUAAAGAAGAGCCUACCACUAUAAUUUAUAGACAGAUCAAUUGUUAUAUUUAUGUGUAUGAAGUCUUUUCUUCCUCAGUGAGACCUGGGAACGCCACAGAAAUGGUUCAUUCUAUUGCAGCUCCCAUGGAGUUAGUGCGGGCGCCUGAGAGAGCGGCCUCUGUCCAGCACAUCAGGGUGGGAUGGUACGGUGAGGCCGGAGCCCGCAAGCACACCUGAACUCUGCUCCACUCCAUAAGCCGUAGACCUUUACCGAGAUUGUAAUGAGGUCGUUUUCUUAUUAAGGUUAUAUUGUAUUUCUUCUCACUGUGAGGAAGAUGAAAUGGCUCAGUAAAAAUAAUCAAGUACAAUCGCUAACGCCCCUCUGCUCUCAGUGCGGUGAGUGUUACUAAUGGACUCGAUUCUUCAGGGUGCCGCUCCUCAGUGAGAAUGAAAUCACUACUCAGACUCUUCUGCUUCCCCUGUAACCGUGCUUCCAUGAUUAUGUUCUUUGUACGGUUGAAAUGCAUGACACUGAAUUGUUUCCAUUAUCAGUAUGUAUAUAAAAAUGACAGGAUAGCCAUUUUUAUACAUGAGUAUAAAUAAAAUAGUAUUUUUAAAAGUA